GUCAGGAGAAAGAGGGAGGAGGAAGGAGAAAGAAAACAUAGGGAUGUCAAUCACUAAAAUUCUCUUCUCUUCAUGUUCCUCCAACACUGUCCCCAAGCAUCAGACUCCAACGGCUAGUUUCCAGAAUUCAACCAUCAAAGGGUUCCUUCUAUCUUCUCUGGCUCCCCUCACCCUUGCCAUGACAUUAAGCUCACCCAUUGCCACUCUAGCCAUCCCUUCUCCCAGUUCCCAGCCUUCUCUACUCCCCUCCACCACUCCCUACUCCCAAUCUCAGAAUUUGCAGCUUGGAUUGGAGAAUGGGAAAAUUAGGCCAUGUCCAUCCACAAAUCCUGGUUGUCUGUCGACGAAUCCAAAGUCAUCAUCUUUUGGUUUCCCAUGGGUGAUUCCUGAGAAUUCCUCGGAGAGUGCUGUUCAGAAAUUGCGAGAUGCGAUCCUGAAAACACAGAGGAAUGCAGAGAUCAAGGUUGAUGAGAAAACUCCCAAUGGCCACUAUUUGCAGGCCGAGGUUGAUGGAGGAUUUGGACGUGAUGUGAUGGAAUUUUUGGUUAAAGCAGAUGUUGUUGCCUACAGAUCUAUGGCCACAAAAGUCACAUAUAUAUACCCAUUCACAACAGCUUUUGGUGACUCCAAAGGACAGAAGGAAAGGAUGAGUAGAAUCAUGGAAGAUUUGGGUUGGUAUGCUCCAAAUUUUGAAUCAAUGGACUAAUCAAUUCGGCUAUUGUAAAAGAGUGAUUGAUUUCAGUAAUAAUAUAUGUGUCCAUACUUACUGACCUAUAUUGGAUUUCUUGAGUAAAAGCUUUAUAAAAAAAUUACCUUCUUUAA